AUGUUAACAAUAACAAUAAUAUUAAUAAUAACAGCAUUGUUAACAAUGACAAUAAUAAUAUUAUCGAUGGCACGUGAAAGCAAUGCGCAAUCGGUGGUUGCAUCAGCGUCGCCCGUAGCGUUCCUGUUGCGUCGUGCAUCGUUGUCACGGACAGUGCAAGCACUCAGCAAAUUUCGUUCAAAUUUGUCAGCAUUUGAGGCGAUUGCCCAAUCUCUGACGCCACAGUUACCAUCGCGAAGUCGCAGACGUAAGGAAGCAGGCACACCUAAACACCGGAGAGCCCGUAGUCUUGGCCCUGAAUUAUUUCUUGGAGAGAUAAAUCUGUCGUUUCCAGUCAGUCCGGAUUGGGCCGACUCCGAAGGUAUCGAUCUUUGUCUUCUCAGGCGAAAACUCGGCUCUCUCAGCAAUGCUUGCAUCUGCGAAGCAUUUGGAAGAUGUAUCCACCGAAACAAAUUCGCCAUAUCGUAA